AUGCCCAGACCUCUAGCCAGGUUUCCAUUGCGGUCCAUCGCAGAAUCACUUCCACACUUCCAGAGACGAAGAAUUGGUGAUGAGAGACUGUACCAUUCUCAAGCUCGUACUGGAUCAUCUGGUCGGAAUGUUUUGUGUAACGGAGCAGUAUCGACUGCGAUGGACCUGCAGAGGCGAAUUGUGGAGGCGCUACGGUUGGGUAAAAGAGGCGAGGCCUCCAAUCUUCUUUUGAGACUAAGCCAGGGAAAUGACUUGAGAGGAGCUGAUGAUUUUGUGCAUGUUCUAGACUACUGUGCCGCGUCACCUGAUCCUUUGUUUGUCAUGGAAGCUUGGAGAAUAAUGAAUGAGAAAGAGAUUAGUCUGAAUAGCCCUUGCUCCUCGCUUAUGGUGAAAGCUCUAUGUGAAGGAGGAUACUUGGAGGAGGCACUAAACUUGAUAAUUUAUCUUAAAGAAAGUCAUGGUUGCUACAUGCUACCUGUCUACAACACUUUUCUGGGAGCUUGUGUCCAAAUGCAAAAUAUGGUUUAUGCCAAUCAGUGUUUGGAAUUGAUGGAGCGACAAAAAGUGGGGAAGAAUGAAGAUACAUACGCACAGCUUCUCAAGCUUGCAGUUUGGCGGAAAAACCUGUCUGUAGCCCAUGAACUUUGGAAGGACUAUAUCAAACACUACAGUUUAAGCAAUAUGACUCUGCAUAAGUUUGUUUGGUCCUUUGGUAGUUUGGGCGAUUUAAAAUCUGCAUGUGAGACAUUGCAAUAUAUGGUGGCUUUAGUCAUCAGAGGAAAGACAUCUGUUACUAAAUCUAUAGAAAGAAAGCUGUAUUCGUCAAGAUUGGACACUCCCAUACCUUUGAACUGUGAAUUGGGCUUGAAGAAAGUUAAUUUGGAGGAGAAUGAACAGUCUGUUCCUUCCAGAUACUGCGAGAAUUUGGAUGGCCAUGUUGUUAGUGCAGAUCGAUGCACCAGAUCUAGCUUGGGUUUUGGAGAAACUGAGAGUGUUCUGGUGAAUGGUCUUAGUAUUCAUACAAGUACACUUGAUAGGUUGUUUUUGGCACAAUCGUUCAAUGCUUUGAUACACGCUUGUGGAAAAUUAAGAAAUGGUGGCCUGGCUGAGCAGUUAGUCCAACAGAGGCAAAAACUUGGGUUUCACAUAACUAGGUUUGCGUGCGAUAGCUUGAUCAGAGCAAUUGUUCCAGAUAGAGGUUUCAGCCGUGGGAUGGAAAUUUUGAAAAGUAUGCAGCUGAGAAAUUUGAAGCCAUAUGAUCGCACUCUUGCAACCCUUUCAAUAAGUUGUUGCAGGGCAUUAGAGUUGGAUUUAGCUGAGACUCUGCUGGAUCAAAUAUCUAUACAUUCACAUUCACAUCCACACGCUUUUAAUGCUUUUCUUGCCGCAUAUGACAUUUUGGAUCAACCUGAACAUGCGGUGCGGAUGCUAGCUAAAAUGAAACAUCUGCAAGUCACGCCAAAUAUAUCGACAUAUGAGCAGCUGUUUUCCUUAUUUGGUAACGUAAAUGCCCCAUAUGAAGAGGGCAACAUGUUGUCACAGGUAGAUGCUGCUAAACGAAUUAAAGCUAUAGAAAUAGAUAUGGCGAGCUAUGGCAUUCAGCACAGUGUUUUGUCAAUGAAUAACGUGCUGAAAGCCCUUGGAGCAGAAGGGAUGAUGAGAGAGCUAAUCCAUUAUUUGCAUGUGGCGGAGGAUCUUUUUUGUCGUAAUAACAUGUAUCUGGGAACACGUAUCUAUAAUACAGCGUUGAAUUCACUUGUUGAGAGUGAGGAAAGCCAAAUGGCAAUUAACAUAUUUAAAUCCAUGAAGUCAUGUGGUUUCCGGGCAGAUGCUGCAACUUAUCAUAUAAUGAUCAAGUAUUGUAAAGUUCUCAAAUGUUACAGAUCUGCUUGUGCAUUGGUUUCUAUGAUGUUGCGAGAUGGCUUCUAUCCUCAGAUAGUAACUUACACUGUUCUCAUAGAUAUUUUGUUGGAAGAUGAUAGCAUUCAUAAAGCAUUGGAUCUCUUGGAUCAAGCCAGCUCAGAAGGGAAUAAACUUGAUAUUUUAGUAUUUAAUACCAUUCUUCGGAAAGCAGGUGAAGAGGGACUGAUUGAUGUAGUUGAGUUUCUUGUUGGGUGGAUGCAACAAGAAAAAAUCCAGCCUGAUUCGACGACAUGCUCUGCCGUUUUCACUGCAUAUACCUACUGUGGUUUUCACAGCACGGCUGUGGAAGCAUUGCAGGUUUUGAGUAUGCGUAUGAUAUGUGACGAAGAUGGAAGCUUUCCUGAGAAGACACAAUUUGAGGACGACUAUAUAUUUGCUGAAGAUGAGGGAGCUGAAUCCCGUAUAAUCAAGCAUUUCAAAGAUUCUGAAGAGAACUUGGCUUUUGCCCUAUUGAAUUUAAGAUGGUGCGCGAUGCUUGGCUUCCCAAUUUCUUGGUUGCCUGAUCAAAGCCCGUGGGUAAAAAGACUCUCAACUAACUAUACCUCCAGAAUAAGAGCUACCUGACAGGGGGAACACACAGAUUGUCGCAUGGUCAGGGCAAUGCAUUGUUGUUAUACAGGCAGAAAAACCUCCUCGACUUCAAAGGCACCAACCAGCCCUUGAAUGAGGCGACACUGCAACUAACCAAUUUUGGAUAAAUAGCACUAACCAGGAAGGUCCAAAAUCAAACUACACAACUGAUUUUUUAGAUAUGUUGUAGGCUACUCUUUGAGAAAAUUAGGAGAACCGAGCAGAGAGGAAAUCAAUAUAUAGGCAAUUUUUUGUUGUAUAAAUAGUCUAUAUAGAAAUCUUGGCUCGGUGGGGAUAAUGGAUUUGCCCUUGUAUUUGUUAACCUCAUAACCUGUGAGCUAAUAGGUUUUUUUUUGUCAGAAGACUGCAUUAUGAGAUGGAUGCAUGCUCUGGU